CCUUUUUUUUUUUAAAUUUCAGGUGGGUAUAACCCAUAUAUAGAGAUAAUUGAACAACCCAGGCAGCGGGGAAUGCGUUUUCGAUACAAAUGUGAAGGGCGAUCAGCGGGCAGCAUUCCAGGGGAGCACAGCACAGACAACAACCGAACAUACCCGUCUAUCCAGAUUAAGAACUGUUAUGGAAAAGGAAAAGUGAGAAUUACAUUAGUAACAAAGAAUGACCCCUUUAAACCUCAUCCUCAUGACUUAGUAGGAAAAGACUGCAGAGAUGGCUACUAUGAAGCAGAAUUUGGACAAGAACGCAGGCCUUUAUUUUUUCAAAAUUUGGGUAUUCGAUGUGUAAAGAAAAAAGAAGUAAAAGAAGCUAUUAUUUCAAGAAUAAGGGCAGGAAUCAAUCCUUUCAAUGUCCCUGAACCACAGCUGCUUGAUACUGAAGAUUGCGACCUCAAUGUGGUGAGAUUAUGUUUUCAAGUUUUCCUCUAUGAUGAACAUGGUAAUUUGACGACUACUCUACCUCCUGUGGUGUCUAACCCAAUUUAUGACAACCGUGCUCCUAAUACUGCAGAAUUAAGGAUUUGCCGUGUAAACAAGAACUGUGGAAGUGUCAGAGGAGGAGAUGAAAUAUUUCUGCUCUGUGACAAAGUUCAGAAAGAUGACAUAGAGGUUCGGUUUGCGUUGAAUGACUGGGAAGCUAAAGGCAUCUUUUCACAAGCUGAUGUGCACCGUCAGGUGGCCAUUGUUUUCAAGACUCCGCCGUAUUGCAAAGUGAUCACGGAGCCCGUGACAGUGAAGAUGCAGUUGCGGAGACCUUCUGACCAGGAAGUUAGUGAGUCGAUGGAUUUCAGAUAUCUGCCAGAUGAAAAAGAUACUUAUGGCAAUAAAGCAAAGAAACAAAAAACAAGUCUACUUUUCCAGAAACUGUGGCAGGAUUGUGCAGUUAAUUUUCCUGAAAGACCUAGACCUGGUCCCCUAGGAUCAACUGGAGAAGGAAGAUUCAUUAAAAAAGAAUCAAACUCUUUUCCUCCUGGUGCGGUUUUGAAUGAAAUGCUCCGGCCUGCCGGGGUUUCGAGUCAAGCAGAAUCUUACUACUCCCCAUCUGUUUCCAUCUCAAGUGCCAUGCCACAUCAUGCCUCAGCCAUGCCCCCAAUGGUACCUCAGCCUUCUUCACACUGGUCCUCAGAGCCCCACCCCGCCUCAUGCUCAGUCAGUACAAAUCCACUGAGUAGUUUUUCGACAGGGACAAUUUCCUCUAAUUCACAGGGUAUCCCAAGAUUCUCAGAAAUGCCUGUUGUGAAUGACGUGCAUGCUUCUAAUGCUUGCAUUUAUACCAGUACUAAUGACAUAGGCAGAAUGGAAACAUCAUCCCUGUCAUCAGCUGACUUCUGUGGUUUUCCUGGUGCCAACAUGCUGCAGAAUUGCCCUGUCAAUAUAUCCAAUAAUGACAGCAUGAGGGAGACUGACAAUUCGGGAUUUACGAGAAUGAAUAUUGAAAGCCCUUCAUGCAACUCGGUGUUAGACCAAAGGGAUUUGAGACAGUUCCAUCAGAUGUCCUCUUCCAGCAUGCCAGCAGGCGCCAGUUCCGGUACCACUGCUUUCGCGUCACAGUUGGAUGCAUUUGAGGGAUCCGACUUCAGUUGUGCAGAGAACAGCAUGCUAAACGAGUCAGGGCCUUUGAAUGGAGAUUUCUUUGAUAGGCUCUCUUGGCUCUGGAGCUCCUCCAAGAAUUGGAAGAGAGGGAUGAAUUCAUUUCCCAACUUCGGGAAGAGCUGCAAAAAGCCCCAGGGCUUUGCUUCAAGAGUAAACAAAUCCACACCACUUGAACUCUAGGCUAUGAUGUCCCCUGGAAUCCUAUGUGCACCCCACAUAGUUUAUUUAAACUAGUACAUAUUUCAGUCUAGGUUAGAUCAUUAUUUGACCAUUAGAAGUGUAUAAUGAAUCUGUGACAUGUUAAAUAUUAAAUAAAAUCAGUUUUUCAAUUAAAAAAACACACACACAAAACCCACACCUUCGGGUAUGGAGAAUACAAAGUUGGAAAUUGCCAGAAAAGGAACAUUCCAAAGUAGACUUUAAAAGGUUUUAGUGUUUCUCUUUUGAAGCAUGUAGCCUGAUACUGUGUAUGGUGGGAGUUCUGGCUUUAGAGUCCCACCGCGUUUCCACAGAACAGAGCGAAGAGAACAUGAGGGCACAGCUCCAGUUUUUCCAAACUUUUUAAUAUUUCUUUUGUAAUGUAUUAAUGUAUUCCUAGUUAAAUGAAUUAACCAAUAUUUGCUUUUAAGCAAAUUUAAGGUAAAACCUGUAAUGGCUAUGUCAUUGGAAAAAUUAAUUUCUUAUUAUUUUUUGAGGCCCAUGGGCCAAGGUGACCCCUAAGGGGUUUUUCUGAGGCUUUUUGGAGUUUCUUAGAUUUAUAUGUAAAUCAAAAUUUCUUUAAAAUGCUAAGUUGGACAGAAGGGUGCAUUUAAGUAAUGGGAGGUUCUCUACUUUUUGGAUUAUUUAAAUCCAUAUCUAAAUUGCUUGAGAUUUUAGGUCUACACCUAUGUUCGUAAGGGGAAGAAAUUUCUUUGGACCUCUUCUCUUACGUGUCCUCAGUCACUGUGAGUUCAUCCAAUUUCAUGCUGUCAACUCUGAAAUUUUACCCCUAGUUUAGACCUGUCCUCUGAACAGCAGAUUUGGAGUUUACCCAUGUGUGUAAAACUGCUUAUUUAACAUCUAUAUCUAGAAAUCUAAUCAGAGAUCAAACCCAACACAUUCUUGAUCUUCCCUCCCAACGUGCUUCUCUUUUAGUUUUCCCCCGUCUCAGUAAAUGGCAAUGCCAUGCCUCUGGUUGCUCAGGUCCAGGUCUGUGGACUCGUCCUUGAUUCUUUUUUUCCUUUUAUCUCCCAUAUCCAAAUCUGUCAGCAAAUCUGGUAGGUCCUACCUUCAGAAUACAUCCAAAGCUGGCCACCUCUUUUGACCUCUCCCAUUAACAUCCUGUUCCAAGCAACCAUCAUCUCUGGCCUGGAUUGAAGCUAUUUUACCUCCAAAAACCCUCUUUAUUUCCUUGUGUCCCUACAGUCUGUUCUCCAUAAAGUAGCCAGAAUGAUUAUUUUUAAGCCACAUCAAAUCAUAUCAUUUAACUGCCCAAAACCAUCCGAUGGCUCCCCAUCUCAGAAUAGACACCAAAGUCCUUAAGGUGAGCAGGCCCUCGCUCCCUCUCCUACCUCAUCUGCCACCAUUUCCCCUGCCAUUCAGCUCCAGGUGCUCUGGCCUCCGUGCUCCUCUUCGAGUACACUCCUGCCUUACGGUCUUUGUACUUGUUGUUCUUUCUGCCUGGAAUGGUUUUCUCUCAGAUACCUGCAGGACCACCCUCCUUACCCCCUUCUCACACCACGUGACCUGCUCAGAAAAGCCUUCCUUGACACUAUAACUAGUUACCAGCACAUCAAGUCCCUUCCUUUAUCUGUUCCCAUAACCUUACCUAAGCAUUCAUUUGUUUACUAUUUGUUUUCUUGUACUGGAAUAUAAGCUCCUUGAGGGCAGAAAUACUUGUUUUGUUUGUAGAAUACACCGUUUGUAGAACAGUGUCUGCCUCGGAUUAAGCGAUGAGUAAGCCCUAAGUACUACUGAUACAACUCUGUUUUUUGAAUAAAGAAUAGCUUUAAUUAUUAGAUGCUCAUGGUUUGCAUAGUGCUAUGUAGUGUGACAUUGGGUUUCUAUCAGAAUCAUGUACAUUUAAGACAACAAUUAAUUAAUGGUAAUCCAAAUAGUUGGAAGGCAAAGUGUAAUUGUGAUGGGAUUGUCAUGAUGCUAAGUAACCAACUUAUUCACAACCUAGUUUGUUUUAUAACUAGAACCUACCAUAAAUGUUGAGCAUAUGCCUAGCUAGAAACAUGUCAUUUUGUUAGAAUAGUAAGAAGCUAAGAAAAUUCCAGGAUAAGCAGAAUUUGGAAACUCAGAGUUAAACAGCACUUUGCAGCCACCUAGUAAAUCCUAUCUUCCCUCAGCCAAGGAUACUUAAGAGUAAAUGGUUUGCACAUCUCCUCCCCAACUGGAAGGUAAAUAGCUUAAAUCAUCCUACUCAGGGAGACAUAACAGAAACCCAGUUAGUGCCAUUUGCCAACCACACCCAAGGACAGACAAUUUAAGAGAAUAAAUCUUCCCCCUCAGGAAGACAAGAACUGAGGUCUCCUCGUCUCAUGGUUAAUAAUUUCACUAACAUAGCAUCCAACCAAACCAUAAAUUUACUGGAACAAUUAAAACUAGUCAAUUUGGUCAAAAUAGAGAAGUUGAGAAUGUCAUACAAAUAAAAAUUCUGAGUUGAAUGAUCCUGGGAAAUGGUAAUGGUAAUAUAAGAUGAAGAUAUUUAGGAAGAAAAAGAUUAAUGAUUAAAAAGAUUAAAGCUAAGUACCAUUAAUGUUUCUCAAAAAUGAUGAUUUCUAAAUGAAACAUUCUUGUUAUUAUAAUUUUAAAAAUCAUAAGCACAUAACAUACUUCUAUAGAACAUACCAAGAGAAAUAAAAGCCUGAAGGCAUAAUUUCUUACCUAUUCAAAAUAUGAACCCAAGAUAUUUCCCGAUAGUGGUUGAUAGGUGGUACACUUUUUUAAAAAUAUAGAAUCCUCUAGUUGUGUGUUAAUUAGCAUUGAUCAGCUUAAACAACUGAUAGAAAACCUAAAUGGAUUUUUUAAAUUAAAUAAGCAGUUGACUUGCAGUUUUCUCUGUGUAAGCCAAAGUGAGGUACUGCUACAUCUGUGUUGAGAUGGAUUUUUUAUUUUUCAUGUGCCAUUUACUGAUCAUAGGAUUUAUUUUAUGAUUUAAAAAGAAUGUUAUCCCUAAAGGUGUUUACAUUUUCACCUGUUCUUGUAACCCCCCACUCUUAGCUUCUGAGGAAAAGGUGCCUUAUGCCUUUCUAACCUCUACUGAUACACUGGGUCCCCCCUCCUUUUCUCUCCAAUCCCCCUCCUGUGUCUUUAUCCUCACAUCAGCAUUUAGUGCCCCUUUUUUUGUAUAAUAAACAUAAUAAAAGUCUUCUUUAGCUUAAAAGGAAAGGAACAAACCUCUUCUG